UUGCAUUUUUUUAAUGCCUGGCGUCAUUUCUGUUCGUUUCAGGUACCAAACCUCAGUAAUCCGUUUCGUCCAAACACAGUCUCAACGGUGCAUUUGCUGAUUGUCUCUCUUGCGUCGCCGUUUUUUGUCAUUGUUAUGUGUGAGGCAAUUGUAUUCAUGUCAUCUGAAGGCACAAACAAAUUGCGCAAAUUUUUUCAUUCCGCCACAUCUAUCUAUUUGGAAUAUUUGGCCUCAUAUACUGUUACAACAUUCGCAAUGGAGGCAAUGAAAUGUGCAUUUGCUCGACUGAGGCCCCAUUAUCUGAGUGCAAAUUGUACGGGAACAGAUAUGCAUCGAAUACGCGUCGGGCGUCAGAGUUUUCCAAGUGGACAUUCAGCAGCAGCUGCGUUGCUUUUCACAUUCCUCUACUUUUAUUUAAAAGGUCUUACUGAUGCAACGGGCAGUAAGCUGUUACGAGUAAUACGUGCAGUGCUGUUAAGCGUGGUCGGUAUGUGGGCAGCUUUGGUGAUGACAACACGUGUCACCGAUCACUGGCACCAUCCCAGUGACGUAUUAGGUGGAAUUUUGCUAGCUGCCGCUUGCAUAUACAUUCCGGUUCGAAGAACUCAUUCCUCGCUGGUUUUCAAAAAGCGAAUGCUCAACAAUGCACACAGUGCCUGA